UGUUUUAUUUCUUUUCCUUUUAUUCACAAUAUCGGAAGAGAAGAAUAUCAAAAAAAAAGUUUAAACAAAUUUUGCGGAAACAGAAAAAAAAAAUACAAAUAAAAGUGCUUGGAAGUUUUUAAAUCCAAUAUCUCAAGAAAAAAAGAGACAGUGAGAUUAGCUAUAAAUAGUUAAAAAGAUCAUUUUUAUGAAAAUCAAAUAUUAAAACAAGGAAUGCCAAUUUCAAUUAUGCAGAAAAAUUACAGCAACUGUCCGCUUAAAAAGCGACCAGUUUUUAUUGUCAAAGAAGAAUCAGAUUCAGAAUUAGAGCCAGAAAAUUUGAGUACAAAACCCGAGGAUUUGAUGCUUAGAACAGGAAAGGUUUCUGUAUUGAAAACAGAGAAACAAGCACCUGAAGUAGUUCAAGAAAUCAGAAUCAUUUCGUCACAAUCGGAUGAAAAAUCUUACGACUAUUCCGCGCCAAAAUCACCAACAUUAUCACCACUUGAUUUACACACAAUCAAACCUGACAUUUCACCCGUUUCGUCUCCGAUCGAACCUUUAAAUUUCACAAAUCCUAAUUCAUGGCAUAAACCCGUCAACUCACCAAACCCUUAUUCAAAUUACCUGACUUUUCCUGCAUUUCCAUAUCCACCAAGUGAGGCAUACACUCGCUUAUAUCACCAUCAAAUUUCACCAGUAAGAGAUUCAUCUUUAUCGCCUCCUUCAUACUCUUCAAGUAGAAGUGUUCGCGACUCAUCUGUAUCACCACCAGCACCGGUUUUCAUUCAACCAUAUGUCACGUCAGAUUAUCGCCGCAACAACAUUUUAAAACCAUCUGAAUCUUACAGUCAUCACCACCGUUAUAUGCCAUAUCAAUUAAAUCACCAUCAUCACAAUUUAUUACCAGUCGAUCAGUCUUCACUAUCUCCUACGUCCAGCCAUGCAUCAUAUAAUUCAUUUGCAUCAUCUUCGAAUGCUUCAAUGCGUUCAAUUUCACCACCUUGCACUGCUUUAGAAGAUUUACCUGCAAAUUAUUCAAUUUCGGUAUUGAUGGAAAAAUCAACUUCAAGCACAAAUAUACAAAAAUCGCUAAAAUUGGAAAAAAAUGAAAAAACUUCAGCUCCACCUCGUUACCAAUGUCCAGAUUGUGGUAAAUCUUAUUCGACGUACUCUGGGCUUUCAAAGCAUCAACAAUUUCAUUGUGCUGCAAAUGAAAGCAAUCAAGUUCAAAAGACAGUGACUUGUAACGAGUGUGGUAAAGUUUAUGCAUCAACAGGAGCACUAAAGAUGCAUAUAAGAACACACACACUUCCUUGCAAGUGUCAUCUCUGUGGAAAAGCUUUCUCAAGACCUUGGCUUCUUCAAGGACACAUAAGAACACACACAGGAGAAAAGCCUUUCAGUUGUAAUCACUGUCACCGUGCAUUCGCUGAUCGAUCAAAUCUUCGUGCUCAUCUACAAACACAUUCAGAUGUUAAGAAAUAUUCUUGUACAACAUGCAGUAAAACUUUUUCGCGAAUGUCGUUGCUCACCAAACAUAAUGAUAGUGGUUGCCCUGGACUCCAAAUAACACAAAAUGAUGGAUAUUCUAACCAAAUUUCGCCUGCGAAAAAUAUUCAAGUGUACUAA